AUGUCGCAGUUCUUCAACUACGGUGCGCAGCAGCACCACCCCCAGCACCUCAACGCCCACUCGCACAACCACCACAGCGGCCGCUCACGAAGGGCCCCCCGCAUCUCGGCCCAGCAGCACAACAAGCAGUUCCGCCAAGUCCGCACCCCCAAGGAGUUCAACGUCGAGCCCCCUACCCUCAUCGCAUACAAGCGCGACUUCGAGGCCGCAAGGUCGUUUGACAUUGAGGACGACGAGAUGUUCUGCCCCUUCCACCUGCUUACCGAGGAUGAUCUGCAGUCCAUCCACUCGUCGGGCUCAGAUCGCUCUUCGCUUUCCAGCGGAUCGCCUGAGCAGUCUCCUCUGCAGCACCAGCUGCAGCCUACCCCUUCGUUUGUCCUGUCCUCGGCCCCGAACCCAUACACUCCCAUCGCCUUCCAGCAAAACAACUCGCAAACCAAGCUACACCAGCCACUAGCCCAGCGCACCCGCAAUGCCAUCCCCAUUGUCGACCCGUCCACACGCACUGUUGCCAGCCCCCCGCCAAGCGUCUCUCCCAACCGACAGAUGCAGCAACAGUUCAUGUCGCGACGCUGGUAG